ACAACUUGUUGUGACAAAUGUAAUUAAAAAUUCAUUUCUCAUCCUAGCAACUCUUACAGGUUCAUCAUCAAGAAAAUUAGAUGGAAUUUCAUUUGAUUUAGUCAUUAUUGAUGAAGCUGCUCAGGCCUAGAGAUUGCUUGUUGGAUUGCUCUUUUCAAGGGUUCAAGUGCUUACUUUCAGGGGAUCAUUUACAACUUCCUCCAACAUUUCGAAGUGUUGAAGCUGAAAAAAAGGGAUUAGGAAACACUCUUUUUAAACGCCUUGCAUAUUUAUAUGGAGAUGACGUCAUGUCUAUGGUGACUGUGCAAUAUAGCAUGCAUGAACUUAUAAUGACUUGGUCUUCUAAAGAGCUUUACAACAAUAAGACUAAAGCUCAUGCAAGUGCUGUUCGACAUACCCUAUAUGAGCUUGUAGGUGUUGAGAAGUCUUCUUCUUCCACUGAACCUACUCUUCUUCUCAUAGACAUUGCAGGGUGA